GAUUCUUGGAUGGUGAGGGGUGAGGUGGCCGGGGGACCUAUAGACGGGAGUGUGAUUCCUAGCUUUUUAGGACACAUCGCUACCCGUAUUUGGGAGGACCAGGAGAGGGCUUUGGAUACAGGCAUUUUGGAAUGCCAAACCCGGGAAAAGACUUGUAGGUUUUUGUGUAGCUGGGCUGAUGCUUGGCCGGAGGAGAGCGAGAUGUUCGGGCGAUUGAGGGGCACUAGAGUGAGUCACCUUCCUGCCGGACUGAUUCAGUAUCGCGAGAUCGUAGAGGCGUACAUGCCGCAGCGCUGUCUUCGCCAGCUUGGAUUUGUCCAAGUUGUCCCACCUCCACCGGCAUGGCCCAGUAAGGCGGUACGAUCUGCGUCGUCGAAGGAGUACGUCGUCCAAUGGCCGGCAAACAUGAUAUCCAUGUGGGAGCAGUUUCCGAUGGUUGCCCGCCUAUGGACGGCGGAGCUGCAGCGGCCGCCAAGUGGGGUGACUGCCAUGUGUGACCAGCACUACAUGGAAUGGUACAUCCGGCACUCGCACCCGAGGUUGAUCAAAGACAUCGACGACGCAGAUGAUGACGAUGUGCCACCUGCCACUGCCUCUUAUGCGUGGAUGGGCAAGAUUAUGCAGUUGGGACACCGACUUUUUGAGGAAAGGGACUGCAUGACGAGUGCAUCAGGCAGAGCUGUUAUUGACGAUCUGGAACAGCUCCGCUAUAGGGGCAAAAAGACCUCCCUCACAAUCACUUACGAUGGCCGAUGGCUGUACAUUUGGGCCGAUGUAGUUUCUCAACUUUUCCAACACCCAACGGUAACUCGCAGCUGUCUCAUCCUUCAUGACUGCAUAACCAAUCAGAAAGUUCUGGUUCGUUGGAGCCAUCCCAACCAUCUCAACCAGUGGGAACUUGUACUUGUUUGUCUUGUACGUUGAAUCGAUCAAAAUCACAGA